AUGCUUUAUACCUUUCUACCGGAUAAAAGGACCCUAUUUUCUCGCACUAAUAGUGAUGCUUUACCGGCGGACUGCAUAUUCGCGGGUACAGGAUCCGCACAUGCUGCUAUAUUGGGAUCAAUAGUUAGCGCUAAAACAUCUACAUCAACGAUACACUACAAAGAAACGGAAAUCAAGCUCAGUAGUACGAAAGGAAAACAUAAACGGUUGCCUCGGGCGGAUCUAUUCAGACACCCAGCAGAUCAUCGUCUGAGAGAAGCUGAAAAAUUAGCAGCGUGGCUGCAAGAUGCUUGGUAUGCCGGUCUGGCCAAUGCUGAUCCAAGCAUUAUUGUAAUAUCUGACGAAGAAGACGACGCCGAUGAGGAGGAGGAGAUUGAGACCAAAACAUACACAGUAGAUAGUAGAGCUAGUCACAAUACGCCGCAUGCAAGUGAUAACAGUGGGAGUGCCAAUUCAAACACCACUAGUGCAAAUACUGAGAGCAGCACACCAAUUACAAGUUCAUCACGUGUAGAAAAAAGAGGCCGCAAGCCUCUGGAAGAUGGCCUCGUGCGAUACAUGCUCCUCUCCUUAGAUUUUAAGUGUGUUUUACCGGGCCGUAUUAAUAACGACCCGAUAGAAGUGAGCUUCUCGAUAGCGCGUGCCAUGGCUGGUGGAAAUCACACCUAG